AUGAUUUUGAUUGCCGGUCCUGGUGUUGGUAAAAGUGUGUUUGCUGCUGAGGUGUGUCGACGAUAUUCUGAAAAGAAGAAACUUGCUGCUUUUCAUUUCUGCAGAUAUAAUAGAUCAGAUUAUAGAGAUCCUCGAAAAUUGAUAGAAACAUUGGCUAGUAGCAUGUGUGAUACAAUAUCAAACUUUAAAAGUAAACUGAAUGAAGAAUUACAGAGAAACAAUUCCAAAGAAUCGAUCACCGAUGAAUUCUUUGUUUUAUUAAAUAAUCCAUUGCAUUCAUUGGAAGAUUAUGAACCAAUGCUUUUGGUUAUUGAUGCCUUAGAUGAAAGCCAAGUUGACGGCAAAAGUGAAUUGUUGGAAUUGAUUGUAGAAGAGUUUGACCGACUGCCUAAAUGGAUUAAAAUCUUCAUCACCAGUCGUCCAGAACUUCCUGUUCAAAAAGAGUUGAAAGACAUGAAUCCUGUGGAAAUUACAACUCGUCCUCGUGAUGAAAACAACGAAGAAGACCUGCACAAGUAUUUGAGACAUCAGUUGAAUGAUCGGGUGCAGAAAAAUCGCUACCUUCUUCAGUCAUUAGUUAAAAAAUGUGAGAGAUCAUUUCUUUACGCUUAUCACGCACAACUGAGCUUAAAGAAAGAAGAAAUUGAGCUUACUUACGAAAACAUUCAACAAUUGGUCCCUAGUGGGUUAAGCGGUGUUUACACAAAGCAAUUCGAAAGAGUAAAAGAAUUGUUAACGAAGAAAAGUACCACAAAAUCUGUUAUCUCAGAAACUAACUUCGUGCAAUUUCUUGAAUUGUUGGCUGCCUCUCGGGAGUUUUUACCAUUAACUUUCCUGUUUAGCUAUUUAGGAUUUUCUGAUCACAUCAAGUUUGAAGUCCGCAGUAAUAUCAUUGAACAGUUAUCUCAAAUUUUGCCAGUUUACGAUGAUUAUUUGACCGUGUAUCACAAAUCUCUAAUUGAUUGGUUAAAAUCAGAUGGUUACGAACAGCAUGAGUUUACAGUUGAUCCAAAAAAUGGUCAUAAGUUUUUAUGGCAUGCUUGUGAGAAAGUGUUUAAACAAAUUAAGUGGAUGAACAUUUUUGAAGAUCAGAUGGACACUGCUAUGAUUAAAUAUGCUUUGAAGAAUGGAGUCCACCAUAUGAUAGAAUGUCGCGAAAAUGUUCACUUUAGAUGGGCAGUUGAUGUCAAAGUGGUUUGUGCAAGGUUAAUGGGUGUAGAAGACAUUGGCAUACAUACCAUUGACUCUGAAUUGCGUGAAAUCAUUAAGGAGCGGCGUAUUUUCUUGAAAAAAGAUGUACUUGAAGAGCUACUAUUUCAUUUAUUGAUGAAGUCAAUGAGAAUGAGAUAUAAGUUUGGUCAUAGCUUAAUUUAUUUACAAAUUAUUGCAAACGAAAUUGAUAGCAAAAACGAAAGAAGAUUAUUGGCAAGGGAUUUAUUGAAAAAAGGAAAGUUUGUUUGGUUUGAGGAUUUAGACUCAACAUAUUUAACAAACCAUCAUCAUUUGACUGUCUCCUUACGUGCUAACGUUACAUCUCUUUGUGUGUCGUCCAAUGAAGAACUUCUUGCUGUAGGAUAUGAAAAUGGUCAAAUAUAUAUUUUUGAACUUCCUGAAUUCGAACAACGAUUCACUCUUGACACUGCUCUCGAUGAUACAAGGUUAGGAAAUAGACUGGUAACUAGUGAUGGAUCUACUGAAGUAAAGUUGUGGGACGUUAACAAUGGACGUUUGUUAUCAUGUUUACAGUCAGAUGAUGUCGUUAAUCGUUGCUCUUUCUCAGAUUCUGGUUUGUUUAUUACAGCAAGAAAUGAUGUAGGUUUUCAGUUUAAAUUCACUGCAUGGAAUUCAUUAACUUUGCAAAGAAUUGAUCGACGCUGCGUUGUUGAUUACCAAAAACUACAAUGCACCGAUAAAUGUUCAGAGUUCUUUGUUACAGUCUUUGGAUAUCGUUCGUAUGUUUUUCAAUUCCCAAAGGCAAUCGAUAUUUUUGCAAGAAAAAAUAGGUAUUCACUAUCUUCAAAUUCAAAGACAACCCACCAUUAUCGUAGUUGUUUUUGUUAUCAUACAAACCAGGUUGUAAAGCUUUCUGAAAUCACUCAGUUGACAAAAUACAACGAUCAAGGCGAAAUCGAGUUUUGUUUACCAAAUGUUAGUUGUCAAUGUCUUCGUAGGAAUCUUAACAAAGUCCAUCCCAUCUCGUUUAAGGAAUUUUACGUUGUGCCGUAUUUUUCCAAGCUUAAAAUUUUCAAAACUGAUCAUCUUUGGAGACCUUCAUUUAUCUUUGAGAAAUUUAAAAUUGAAUGUUGUUGUUUUUCACCGGAUGGAUCUUUUUUGGCUGCUUUCGCUGUUGGUGACCACGUCAACAUUCAUAUUUGGAGCAUUGAGCGUUGCACUAUUAUUCAAACUGUACCAAUGCAACUGAAGAAUGCAUUUGGAUGUUGGUGGUCAGAUGGUUUACUGUGGAUUUGGGAUGGUUCUGAUCAUCUUUUGAAGAUGUCCACUUCCUCUGAAAAUUUUGUAGAUUCUUCUCAAGCAAAGCAAGUUAACUUUGGGUUUGAACCUAAGAAAAUCUUAACAUUUGGUGAUGUCUUAGUUUGUAAAGACCAUAAAUGUUUUGUUCAAAUUGUUAGAAUUACCAAGGGUAAGAUAAAAUACAACAAAAUACUUCUUGUCGACAGUUUUGAAUUGAAAGCAGCAGCUGUAUCACCUGAUAAUUCGGUUAUUUUAACUGUAAACAAAACAGAAUACACACUAUGGAAAUGGGGAAAUAACAACUAUGAACUUUACUUAAAACCUUGGCAUACUGCAGAAAUACCCAUAACAGCUGUCAUUGAAAAAUUUGUUUGGAAACAGAUAACUGAAAAUGAUCUAGAGUUCAACUGCUGUAUAAGUGAUAGUAAACAAGCAGUCAUAACAUUUUGCAAAGGCAUCAGAUGUAAGGGCAUUUAUGUAAUUAAUGUUCACGAGAAUGGUGAUGUGAAUGAGAUUUUGCAUGAUGUCGGGAAACUAUAUUUGGAAUCCAACCUAGUCGUACACAAAUCUUAUUGCAUUGUAGUGUCUUUUGAGUCAUUGCGUGCUGUAGAUUUAAAAAGUGGUAAAGUAUGCGCUAAAUUUCGCGAAGGAGAUUAUUUCAUGCCUAAUAUAACUAUGCAUUCCAACACAGGAACUUUAGCUUUGGUUGACAAUAUAGAUUGCCGAAUUCAAUUUUUAAAACUUAAUGUUCCUGAAUAAAUACAUCAACUCCAACUUUAAUAGUAAAUUCAAAAAGCUGUUGAGAAAAUUGAACAUAGAUGUUGAUGGUCGUAAGGAUGGUUGCUUGUUUCCACCUACUAUAGUCUUCUACAGAAGAAGUAUAAUUAUUCUACCAGGCAAUCUUUAAGAAAUUAUGUAUAUUUACCACAAAUAAAUUUGGACCAAUUUUGCAAAAGAUCUUUUAAA